AUGGGUUGGAUACACAGAUUUAUAGGAAAUUUCCAGAAGACAAAAGAAGAAAAAGAAGAUGGUGAGUUAAAGGUCAAUGAGCUAAAAAUAGCAGAGAAAUCUAUCGUAAAGAUUAUUCAACAUGAUUUAUUUUCUUCAGAAGAUAUAAAGAAGCUGAAGUCACUUAGUGUGUUCAAAGAUGAGGAAGACAUUUUACGUGUUAAGACAAGAUUAACUGAAAGAAAGGACCAUCACAAUUUUAUUUUCCCCAUAUUGCUUUCGAAGAAGCAUGCAGUUGUGGAGAAGUUGAUACUUCAUAAACAUCUAUCUUUGUCUCAUGCCGGGAUACAUAUAUUAAUCUCCAAACUUCGAAAAACCUUUUGGAUUAUCAAAAUCAGAUCAACUAUCAGAGGAGCUUUAUCUCGAUGUGUUAGAUGCAGAAGGCAUGGAGCAAAAAUACUGCAGACAGUGCCAGCUACUCUGACCGAAAAUAGAGUUAGAGAUGCUAAGAUUUUCGAAGUUGUGGGAGGAGAUUUAGCUGGCCCACUAGUUUUGUAG